AUGCAGCACCGAGGGCCCAGCGGCGUGAACCAGCUCGGGGGGCUCUUCGUGAACGGCCGCCCGCUCCCCGCCUGCAAGAGGAAGCGGAUCAUUGAGCUGGCGUCGUGCGGUGUCCGAACCUCGGACAUCUCCCGGAGCCUCAAGGUGUCCAACGGCUGCGUCAGCAAGAUCCUGGGCCGCUACUACCGCACGGGAGCAGUGGAGCCCAAGGCCAUGGGGGGCAGCAAGCCCCGCAUGGCCACCCCCGCGGUGGUGGCCAGGAUCGCCCAGCUGAAGCUGGAGCAGCCGACCCUCUUCGCCUGGGAGAUCCGGAGGAAGCUGCACGCCGAGGGCAUCUGUGCCAGCAACAGGACCCCCAGCGUCUCCUCCAUCAACCGGGUGCUGAGGAAUCUGCAGAGCAACCUGCAGCUCGCGGCUGACCGGGGCUGCCGCUCACCUGCCAGACCCGGUGCCGACGUUUCCCCGGGGAGCCAGCACCCUGCGAGGGGCCCCGAGUGCGGCCGGCAGCUCCCGCCGGGCGCGCGGCACAGGAACAGGACCGUCUUCUCGAGCCAGCAGGCGGAAGCGCUGGAGAAAGAGUUUCGGAGAGGGCAGUACCCGGACACCGUCACCCGGGAGAGGCUGGCCGCCGCCACCCAGCUGCCGGAUGCUACCAUCAGGGUCUGGUUUUCCAACAGGAGAGCGAAGUGGCGCCGGGAGGCCAAGCAGAGGCUGGAGGCUGGAGGCUCCUGGUGCGAGUGGCUGCUGCCGCCCUUGGCCGCCGUCCCCCCCGCCUUCACCGCCGUCCACCCGCCCCCCGCGACGGCCUGCGGCUCCGCGCAGAGCCCCGGCUCGCUGCUGCAGGAGUGUGCCGGCGCCGUGCCUGUGCAGACCGUCCCGUCGCCAGGUUGGCAGGCCUCAGACACGGGCCAGCACAUGGGAAUGAGCCUGUGCCCCUUCCCGGCUGGGUGA